CCCUCCCCCAAACUUAAAAACGAACAAAUCCAUCCCCACCUCCUCCCCGUCUCCGCUCGCCAAUCUCCUCCCAUGUGGCUGCCCUGGGUGAAGACGCGCCCCGCCUCCUCCCCCUCCUCCGCCAUCUCCACCUCCUCCUCCUCCUCGUCGGCGGCACUCGUCGCCGCCGCCUCCCCGCGAUUGUCUUUCUCCUCCCCCUCCCUCAAGGACCUGCAGGCCCUGCUCCUCUCCGACUACGCCACGCCCUCCCCGCCGCCCGCGGCACCCUGCUCCCCCUCCUCCGUCCGCGUCUUCCACCGCGUCCGCGUCGCCGCCUCGGCCCUCCGCGCUCUCCGCACCCUCCAGGCGCCGCCGUCCGCCGUCGCCGCAUCCGAGGCCGACCGGCGCGUCGUGCUCUACUUCACCUCGCUCCACGUCAUCCGUAGCACGUACGAGGACUGCCGCGCCGUGCGCGCCAUCCUGCGUGGGCUCCGCGUCUCCGUCGACGAGCGCGACCUCGCCAUGGACCCGCGCUACCUCCAGGAGCUCGCCGCGCUCCUCCCGCGGGCGUCCCGCCGCGUCACCCUCCCCCAGGUCUUCGUCGGCGGCCGCCACCUCGGCGGCGCCGACGAGGUCCGCCGCCUCCACGAGGCCGGCGAGCUCCGCCGCUUCGUAGCCGCCGCCGCCUCCCUCGCCUCCUGCGGCCGGUGCGGCGGCGAGCGCUACGUGCUCUGCGGCAGCUGCAACGGUAGCCACAAGCGGUACAGCGUGAAGGGCGGCGGCGGGUUCCGCACUUGCGCCGGCUGCAACGAGAACGGCCUCGUCCGUUGCCCGGACUGCUCCCCGCCGGACGUCUGACGAUGACCCAGAUCCAAAAGGUCCCAAUCCGAUAACUACUAUAGUAGAUGUUUUCUUCUUAGUUUCAAAUCAAACUUGAGAUAAGAAAUGAGCCUUGUGUGUAGUUGUUAAUCUUACUUGUUAGCCUAGUGUUGAUUGGUUACUAUGUGAAUGUGGCCAUCUGCAUUUUUUUAGCGUUUGCUAACCAACGCCUCAAAUGCUGGCUGUUGCAGUAGGAUUUAGAACAAUUAUCUGUUUCCUGGCUUCA